CUCAAGGCGGUGAGCCUGCCAGCUCGACGUCUUAUUUUUCCAUCAUCAUCUGUCUCUAAGUCUGGGCAAGCAUCUAACAAUCAAGAAGCGACACAGAGCGCAAAAGUAAAGGAGUCGGAGGAGUCAUGACUGCACCAGCUCCCGGGAUCUUUAGCCUUCUCAGAAUCACGACAUUGCUCGUGUCACUUCUCGCCGCACUCGCAUCUGGAACCAACUAUGUUAUCUCAGCUUAUGCACCGCAGCUGGGAUCGAGACUACGCUUAUCUCAUACACAGCUCAACUUCGUAGCUCUCGCUGGAAAUAGUGGCGUUUACUUCAGCGCACCCGUUUGGGGGAAGCUGGUCGAUGCUCGUGGGCCACGCCCUCUGCUUGCGCUUGCCUGCGUAUUUCUGCUGGCAGGAUACUCCGGAAUUCGUGGCAUGUUCGAUUUGGGACUCGACGAUGGCGAGAAGCUCAGCAAGCUCCACCUUGGCCUGCUCCUGUUCUGCAGCUUCCUCACCGGUGCAGGUGGCAGCGCCGGGAUUUGUGGCGCCAUCAAUCCCGCAGCGAAGAAUUUCCCUGACAAAUUGCGGGCCACAGCUGUAGCCAUAGUUAUAUCAGGCUUUGGCCUCUCCGCAUUCCUUUUUUCUUCAAUAUCGCACAUUCUUUUCCCAGGAAACACCUCCGAAUUUCUUCUCGUUCUCGCUCUAGGAACCUCCAUUCCCAUGGUCAUCGGUUUCUUCGUUAUCAGAACCAUCCCACUACCCUCACAAGACGCCACACACGUCUUCGAGCACGGUUCAGACGAGGACUACGAACCCCUAUCCGCUUCAGAACACUUUCAUCACAUGAAUAACAGUAACACUCACCUUCUCUCCCACGAAGAGUCCGACGAGGACGACGUCAUGAGGCCCGAUCUACAUCAGUACCCACGCGAAGCGGGGGUUAGCCCUGCGACCGUGUUGGCCGCGGUGGAAUUAUCUCCAUCAGUAUCCGCCGAUGGGCUCCGGAAUAUGAGCAGGAGUCGUUCGCGGAGUGUUGCUGCCAGCCAUCGGCUUAGAGAACACGAGAAACACCCAGAGGGACACCACCUCGAUAUUAGCGGGCGCGCGCUAUGGAUGACUCUCGACUUCUGGAUAUUGUUUACUAUGAACAUCCUAUUGGCCGGGACAGGACUGAUGUACAUCAACAACGUUGGCUCUAUCUCUCAAGCUCUCUUCGCCAAGAAUAACCCCGACUUCGAUGAAGCUCAAUCCACAUCCUGGCAGGCCACUCAGGUCUCCACUAUCAGCAUCAUGAACUUCUCUGGCCGUCUGCUCAUCGGCGUCAUCGCGGAUCUCACCAAGUCUCGCCUUCACUACCCACGAUCCUUCUGUUGCAUGCUCGUCACCAGCAUGUUCGUUCUGUCGCAGAUAGUGACCCUGACCAUGGACGAUGUACGACAGCUGUGGAAGGCCAGCGCUAUGCUCGGCUUCGCAUACGGGAGCUUGUUUGGACUGCUCCCGACCGUUACUAUAGAAUGGUUCGGGCUUCAUCACUUCUCCGAGAACUGGGGAUACCUCUCGCUCGCACCCGUUGUCGGUGGCAACCUUUUCUCCCUCGCCUUCGGCCGCAACCUCGACGCCCACGACUCGCCUGAAGCCUCUUCCGACGCUCUCGCUGCCCUUUCAUCUGAGUCAAUCACUUCAACUAAUCUCACUGACUCCAUUCGGCGUGCCGCUCUUCCAGGCCAAGGACCCCAAUGUUUCGAGGGCAGAGACUGCUAUGUCGCUUCGCUCUAUUUGACCCUCGGGGCAUGCAUUGUGGCGUUUGGGUUGUCGGUUUGGGCGGGUUGGAGAGACAGGAAGGAGAGGGGCAACCCUCAUGCGCCGGUAGAUGAAGUGGAAGUGUGGCGAGAGACGAUUCCGGAGGAGUGAUACGUGUUCGACGUAUCUUGAUAGAGGAUGAUGAUCGCUUAGACAGCAAUCGUGGAAUAUGCUAGACUAUCAUACGCUAUUUAUUUAAUGCCCUUGGACUAGAUCUUCAUGCAUUGCUGAGGCCUG